AUGGGUUCACGAUGGGACAGCAUAUUCUCACUCUUGCAUGUCUACCUCUACGACUCUGGCCUACAUCUCUACGAUACUUCGCCUGCAACUCCUCCUCUUGACUCCCUCCUAAGCCUAACACUCGCCUACCCAAACCCCGCAGACCUCAUAUUCGACCAUCUCCCACUCUCACUCCAUCACCUCUCACUCACCGACUGCCCCCGCCAUUACCUCCUUCUCGACACCUCGAAUCCGCUCCACGAAUACAGCUACGACUCGCCCAUCCUCACUUCGUCCGAGUUGGGAGGAAUCGUUCGGCGUUAUAAUACGCCUGACCUUGAGAGCCUCGAGGUCGUGUAUCGGGCGGAUGCGGCAGAGGUGGAGACUUUGGGAAUGAUUGCGCGCAGGUCUUCGGGGUUGAAGACACUUAAGAUGUUUCGCUACGUCGACUCCGCAGACGAUCCUGUGGACGAUAGUCUCUUCGCCUCAGCGCUUUCUCCACUCCAACACCUCCGUCACCUCUAUAUCCACCUAAACCCUCCAGAGACCCCCCAAUUCCGACCCGGACAGAGCGGCGAUCGACGCCGAAUCGCUCUCGCCGCCUUUCGAAAAGCUCUGCAAGACACCGCGAAUAUGUUCGCAGGUGCGUUCGCGAGCUCCUGCCUCGAGGUGAUUUUUUUGCUUGAGCGGUUUUAUGGGGAGACGAGGUGGUCGCGGUGGAGGGAGAUACGUAGCGGAGACGAGAAUGGGAAGGAGGAUGGGAAGGAACAUGCGUAUUGUGAGCGUGUUGACGGUUUUGAGAUUCAAGAGCAGGCGGCGCCCCUGUCGAUAUGGAAUACGGGCUUCCUUUUGCUUGUUAGUUAUGUGAGCUAG